AUGUUAGGCAGCCGUGCUCAGAUUCUCAAGGAGACGUUCUUGGACUCGAUGUUUUACCUAUUAGGUAUGAAUUUGAAAGCUAUGAGAAAUGUGGUCGGAGCUGUCACACUGUUGCGAAUGAAACACGCGAGGAAAUGUUCCAGCAAUAUAACAGACUUGGAGACCAUCACCUACAAUAAUUUCUCGACAACUCGGCAGAUAUCUAGCAUGGCUACUCUCACGUUUCCCGAUGUCACCGUCAUUCGUGAUGGAGACUUUCUGAACAAUUUCAACUUGAAGUUUGUGCGUGUCCUUGCCAAGAAGAAGAAUUCGCUAGUUUUGGAAGCUUCCAUGAAGAACGACGACUCCAUUCGUAAGGCAAUCAAGAAGAUCCCUUACCUGGACAGUAAAGGACGACAUCGAGGUCUCGAGGACAGCACCGAGGAGUUGACCAUCAUGCACAACGUUCAGCACCCGCACCUCAUGAAGAUGGACUGGGUGGUCACGGAUCUUUGGAUGGAUUGCGUCAGUCGCUCCAAUGGGACCAAGUGGAACGGGUUUUCGUACAAACCGCCUGUGCCCUUUGAUAUCUCCACGACCAGCGCUGUGUACACGGGGACGCGCGUGAAGCCAGACAACAUCUUCCAAGACGCCUCCGGCAACGCCAUCCUCGGAGACUUUGGUUGUUCUCAGAUCUUACCUGAUGGAGAAAACACCGUGAGUCGCUGGAGAGGAACUCUGGGAUACCAUGGACCUGAGUUUUUCCUUGGUUACAAAUUCGACCCUUUUCUGAUGGACGCAUACGCACUGGGAGCCACGCUGUGGUCUCUGGUUUUCAGACUCAAACCAGCAGACCUGGAUCUACUGGACGUUGUGAGGAAUUCUUCUCUUCCCGAAAUGUACAGGUAA